AUGAGUAGUACUUCAUCUAAAAACCCUAUAGACAACAAUGAAGAUAAACCUCCCUCCUUAUCUUUACCAACACUAAAGCUAUUUGGUUUCUCACUAACACCUUCUAACACCCUUUCUUUUAACAAUAAGAGAUUUAGAUGUUAUUUUUGUCGUCGUGAAUUUACCAAUUCUCAAGCCUUAGGAGGCCAUCAAAACGCACACAAAAGAGAACGCCAAAGAGCACACUUUCUUUCCAUUCUUCCGCAUCAUCAACGCUUUGUAGCAUCUUCAUCUUAUCAUCCUAUGAUAGCACAGCAUGGAGCACCAAGAGCAGUGUUUUUUCAUCCACGCCGAUCGCCGGGUGCAAUAUGGGAGAGACAAGCUUAUGAAGAAGGGCCUAAUGAGGUUCAUUUUGAUGCAGGUGCAUCCAGAAAUAAUGGACAAGUACACAAUAAUAUUAUUGAUGGUGAUGUUGAUCUUAACUUGAGUCUAGCUUGUGUACCUAUUAAUUCCAAGGACAAAUAG